GUUUGAAUUUAACACGGUAACAAUUUUACAUGACAUGUUCAUGUAUUUGGAAAAAGAUGACUCUUUAUUUUAAAUUGGGAAUUAAUUGGGUUCAUUGGUAAAAAAGCAAGGUGCCCAAGGGUGGCUCCUCAUAAAAGGAAAGGGAGAGAAAGAGGGAUGCAUGUGGACGAGUUAAAAGAGUUCAAAGAGUUGAGGCCUAAAGAGAGGGGAAGGCAGGCAGGUACUUGGCGUGAACGAGAUGGUAACAAAACAAACAGAGAAGGUUUAGUGUUUGUGGGGCUUUUACCUACGGUGCAUUGGGAUGGGAGACGGGUUUUAAUUAUAUUAAAUAUUUAAUUUCAUUAUUAUACAUUUAAGUUUUAGAGAUAGAGAGAGUGUGAAGGGAAAAGGGUUGUUAUUUAUUUAUUUAUUUAUUUUUAUGAUAUAGAGAGAAUAAGGAAGAGAGGAAAAAAUCUUUACUAGGAAAAGAGAGAGAUCAAAAGAUGGAGACAUGAAAGCUAUUCGGGUUAUUUGGUAAAUUACAGAUUCUCUUAGAUCGAUCAAGGUCUCUGAUUUUUACCCUUUAGGACUGCACAAUAAUUUGUUUGGAAGUUCAUACAAGUUGUAAUGCAAGGCCAAAGGGGUACUGUUGGUUCCUUGCCUGAAACCUUAUUUGAUCAUGGGUCUUCAUCAAGUAAUGCUGCUAUAGACCAGCAAGUAUGCUGGAAUAAUAUCAGAAAUCCCAUUGAAAGCAGAUUGUCGGAUUGUUUGCUGUCGGCUAAUGAUGCGAAUAUUGGACAUGGGAACUCUAGUGCUCGAGAGGAUCACGAGCUGGGUCAGUGCAGCUUGGGAGAGCCUAGCUCUAGUGGCACACAGAGUGUCGUAAGCCAUAAUGAGUGGAAAAUGAACAAUGGGUGGUCAUCUUCCAUGAGUGCUUCUUCAAGUUCUGGUCCUAGGUUAGAAGAGCGGCGGUAUGAACAGAGCACUCUAUUCGGCCAAAGUUCCAAUUCUAAUACAGUUCCCCAGGAUAUCAACUUGAAUGCAAGCUUAAUGGAUGAUGACAAUAACUGUCAAGAUACAGAACAGUCUAAUCUGUAUAAGCCUAGUGGAUCUGAAAAUGAGCGGAUUUCAGCUUUUACUGGUCCCGACGCUUUUCUACUUUCGUCUGGAAGUGGUGGGUAUGUCAUGGGUGAUAAUGAUAGAAGACCUGUUUGCCCUUAUGAGGGCCGUCGUGCAUCCUGCAAAAGAAAGACUCUUGAAGGAAAUGUUGGGCAGUCCUCAUCAAGUGGAAAUUCUAGCUACUUUCAUCGAGGUGAAAAUAGUGGGUGCCGUGGACUUCCUGUUAGCUAUAGCGCUGGAAGCAGUGUGAAUAUAUCUGCUCCCUCAGGACAGGUGCCCCCUAGACUUGGCUUGGAUGUAAGAGGAUCAGCUUCUAGCAGCAUUCAUGAACCAAUUGUUUUACCACCUGCAGAGGGCGCUCACAGGAAUUUCCGCCGUAGAAUUAAUCCUUCAAGUAUGCAAGAGCCUAUUGCUCCAAUUUUUCCUACAGGUGAUACAGCCAGGCAGUCUGUUGUUUUGUCCUCUCAGCAGUCAUCAAGACUUAUUCCAACCGAUCAUUCUCUUGAGUUAAGGUCAGCACCGGUGGCAGAUAAUGCAAGCUCACAAAACUUAAAUGUUGUAAAUCAUGUUCCAACUUUGCCGAGAAAUAUGCAACCAUUUAGGUGGAAUGGAGGUUCUGGUUCAAGAGCCGGCAGUUCAAGUUCCAAUUUAUCGGUGGCUAGAGAUUUUGUACCAUGUGAAGGGCCUCAAUCAAGAAGCAUUGCUAGAAACCUAUUAGAUCAUCCUAUGUUUGUUCCUGCACCGGAAUUGAGACCUAUGGUGAGGAAUCCAGUAAAUCGAGGUUUAGGAACUGGAAAUGCAAGUGUUCCUGGAAAUGUUGCUUCUACAUAUCGAGGUGGCUCAAGUUCUGGUGCCAAUGCAUCAUCUGCUUCCACAUGGGUUCCUCAUCCCAACCCUUCGCCGCAAUACCCGCGGAGAUUGUCAGAACUUGUUCGUCGAUCAUUGAUGUCUUCCACUGGUGCUGAAUCUGGAGGCCAUGUCAAUCAUUCUCCACUUUCUUCAGGACUUCCUACUUCCCCAGAAGAAAUGCUGCUUUCCUCCGGUGUACCUAAUCAGGGCCACCAUCGUCAAUACCCUAGGUCAGUCUCAUGGUUGGAGAGACAAGAUGCUGGCUUCCAAGGAAUUCCCCAUUCAUUGCGGACCUUGGCUGCUGCAACUGAAGGAAGAAGCAGGCUUCUUGCAUCUGAGAUACGCAAUGUCUUGGAUCUCAUGCGUAGGGGUGAGAACUUGCGUUUUGAGGAUGUUAUGAUCCUUGAUCAAUCAGUAUUUCUUGGGGUAGCUGAUAUUCAUGACCGGCAUAGGGAUAUGCGGCUCGAUGUUGAUAACAUGUCGUAUGAGGAGUUAUUGGCUCUGGAAGAGCGAAUUGGUAAUGUAAGCACAGGGUUGAGUGAGGAAGCCAUAUUAAACCGUCUGAAACGACAAAAGUACUCUAGUACACCAGGAGCUCAGUCAGAGGCAGAACCGUGUUGUAUUUGUCAGGAAGAAUAUAAUGAUGGAGAAAAUCUUGGGACACUGGAAUGUGGCCACAACUUCCAUGCCGAUUGCAUUAAACAAUGGUUGUUGCGCAAAAACUUGUGCCCCAUUUGUAAAACAACUGGUCUGACUAAAUGAGAAGACGAAGAAAAAGCGGCAUCCAAGCUUGCACUCAUUAAAACUUGAUGCCUUCAAAUGUUUGCCAUAAGCAGCCUUUUAAGAGUGUUCACACCGAGGUAAUCCAUGGCAAUUCUAAUUCAAUUGCCUGAGCCUUUUUUACUUCCAAUUAUGUCAAAACAAAGCAAAUCUUCUGGGUGGAGUGGAUAACACAAAUGCUUGAAGCACUGGGAACAGAAAAGCUAAUUUCUAUGUUUUUUUCAUUCUAUCAUUGCACUUGCACUAUUAGUUUUUAUGUAUGGAAUCUUCAGCCCAUUGGCGACAUAGAUUAUUGAUUAUCUUUAUAUUUUUAUGCUCUCUUUUUUGGUUCCGUUCAAUUUUUGGGUGGGGGAAAGGUGGUGGUGAUGUCGGGAACCAUAUUUCUGUCAAUUUCUCUUUUGUGGUUGAAUGGAAUAUAUAUAUUAUGUCAAAAGUUCUAAAUUAUUUAAAGAGCCCUCAAUUAUGGAGCUUUGAAAUGUCUAAAA